AGUGUCUAAUGAGCGUGUAGAGACUGAACACACUGAGACAGGACUUCCGCCCAGCGCUCUGAUGAAUGUGGAACAGUAAAGAUGCUAAACUAACAGUAAGGGAAGGUCGUGUACAGCAGCAACACAACUGCACUGAACACAACGUUCUUCACUGAUAAUUAUGUCGAGGAGAAACAGAAACAUGCUGGUGAAUAUUGUAGCAGAAAUCAGGACUCUCAGGACUCUUCUUCUCCUGCUGUGCUGUUUACUUUGUGAAGCUGGAGAAGAGACGGUCACACUGCAGGAAGUGGAAGGAACCACUAUAACUCUCCAUUCUGGGAUAACUGGGAUUCAGGGUGAUGCUCAGAUUCUGUGGACUUAUGGACCUGAGAAAUCAGAGGAAAAGAUAUUGAACAGUUAUGUGCAUAAAGGAGAAAUUUUUACAGACAUCAGUGAGAGAUUUAAAGAGCGACUGCAGCUGGACAGAAUCAGUGGAGCUUUAACCAUCAGGAACAUCAGCAGAACUGAUUCUGGAGUUUAUUUUUUACAAGUUAUCACUGGACCUAUCUCAUCUAGGACUUUCAGUGUCAGUGUUUAUGCUCCAGUAUCAACUCCAGUAAUAAUAAAGCAAAGAGGAAUCCGAAGUGUGAUUUCCACAGAGUCGUGUUUCCUCCUGUGUUCUGUGGAGAAUGGAGAAGAUGUGAAGUUAUCCUGGUACAGAGAGAAUGAGAGAAUCUCCAUCACCAAUAACACAGAUCUCAGUUUUCCCUUCAAUCUUCCACUUCAAAUACAACAUAAUGACACUAACACUUACAUCUGUGUGUCUGCAAACCCUGUCAGCAAUAAAACAACUUCUCUCAUCAUCUCACAGCACUGUGACGUCUUAGACAAAUCUGAUGGUUCUCCUUCACUGCUUCCUGUCCUGAUAUCAGCUGGAGUUUUCCUGCUACUAAUACUAACAGGAUUUGUGUGGGUUUGGCUAAAAAGAAAAAACAACAAGCUCCUAAAGAAACUUGAGGAAGUGACUUUCACUGAGAUGACAAUUACAGCUCACAGUGCAGAGAGAGUUAAAAAGGAAGAAAAGUCCAGAAUAACAGAUGAUCAAGAGCUGAAUACCUUUGUGAUGUACUCAGCUGUGGAGACACAGACAUAAUUCAGUACAUAUAGAUAUAACUUUACAUGAUAAUUAAUCAAUUU